AUGGCCAUAGGAAACCCAUCGUCGACCACAGCAGUGCUCAAAUAUUAUGUCCCACCAGCGGAUGGCGCCCGGGCGUACCAGCAUAUCAAUACCGAUCCUACCACCGGCGAACGACCACGUAACUUUACAUACCAAGACAAGGAGGUUGUCGUAGAGAAUCUUCGAGGGAAAGAGUCCUCAGUGUCGUUGGACACGACGGGCUUUCAGUAUGUACGCCGCCCGGCAAAGCAUGAAUCAUUUCGGAAUGACGAAGAGAUAUCGAAUGAAUAUUACCCGGAGAGCAUUGAGCUCAUCAAGGAACUCACAGGUGCUACCAAGGUUGUCAUCUUUGAUCACACCGUGCGGAGGCGUCGUCCCGGAGAUAAAGAAGACACACCGCAGAAGAGGCAGCCUGUUGCCCAGGUCCACGUAGACCAGACCAAUAAAUCAUCGGUCGCCCGAGUUCACCGCCAUCUGCCGCCUUCAGAAGCACCGCAGCUCCUCCAAAAACGCUUCCAAAUCAUCAACCUUUGGCGUCCAAUCUCUCACGUAGCAUCCGACUGGCCCCUUGCACUCUGCGACUAUCGCAGCGUAGACCCCAAGGCGGACAUGGUGCCCACGGCGCUCGUCUACCCCGACCGUGAAGGGGAGACGUUUGGAGUUAAAUACAACCCAAGCCACCAGUGGAAAUAUGUACGCGAUAUGGCGCCUGACGAAUGUGUGCUCAUCAAAUGCUUUGAUUCCUUGCAAGACGGCAGUGUGGCCGUUUUCACGCCUCACACCGGCUUUCAAGACCCCGCUACACGUCCAGAUGCACCUCUACGCGAGUCCAUCGAACUUCGGGCACUGGUCUUCUAUGAUUGA